AUGGGAAGCCCCCGCCCGUCUGUCUCCCAGCUCUGGGACACUGCCAUGAAAAAGCUCUUCCCCAGACGCGUCUCUCAAACCAGAGACCAAGUUUGUGACACUUUUGUCUCUCUGCAGUCCUCGAACACCAGUGAGCACACAGAUGCUUUCUACAUGUACUCUAAUUCUCUAGAAGAACAGAACCAAAAAUGUGUGGCUUCACAACUUCGUUCUUCUGAUAGCACUGAUGUUUCUUAUUCCUCUGCUCUCAUGGAUCCCAUUGAGCGUCCUACGCUUCCCUACACUAUCAGUUCUCCAAACUGGAACAUAUUCUCGGAGUCUAUCAAAUAUCUCGACGGACGCCCUAAUGAAGACGCUGCCGAUUGGCUUCAUAGUGUGCUGUCGGUCUUUUCCAAGGUCUACACUGUCGCCAAAAUCGUCAUCAUCAUCCUCUUGCACUAUGGGGUCGAGCUGGAAGAUAUGCCAGACAGCCUUCUAUCACAUGUCGCACACGCCGAGGAGGUGGUCAUUACUGAUUCGCUCGUCGAGCUCAUCGACGCCGUCGAGGGUCUUUACUAUGCCAUAUACUCUAGACUGAUCAUGGAGAUAGCCAACGUAGAUCUGUCUUCCUGCUUUCACCUGAGUCUUCAGCGCAUGGCCUCCAAGGACGCAUCGGCUCUCCCCGAGCCGAGCCAUCUGUCUCGGAUCCUUUGUCUCUGCAAGGAAAUACUGGAGCUACCCACCGUUUGUCGCGAUAUCAAUAGUGCGCUUGUGAAGCAGCACCAGCAUGAAUACGUUCGCCACUCCGUCGACAGAGUGGGCAAUAUCGGAUUCUGCCUAGAUGAUUUGCUUGGAUAUCGUCGUUAUAUUCUGGGUGUUGCCACCAACGAUUCGUCUGCCUUCCGUCAGAAAUGGUCCGACGCCGAUUUGAUGUAUGAAAUGCCGCCAGAAGAGAUUCUCGCAAUUUUAUCGGAGAAAUACCUCGCCAUUGCGUCGAAGAUGGUAUUUCAGGAUGAGCCUUCCACCUCGGAGCUUCCCUUUGUCAAUCCGGAGAAGGUAGACCCAGAAAUAUGGGAGCAGGAGCUGAUCAAGGACCAUCGACAGGCGACCCUGGCUAAAUUAGAGGGCAAAUGUCUGGGAGAAGUCCGACGCGACGACGACCGUCGGCGACUGAGUGACUAUAUGAAGGAGCAGAAAUGCAUCUGUCGCUCGAGCUGCAGCUGCGCUUGGGACUGUACGUUGGAUCCGGAGCGUCGUUGUCCCUGCGCAGAACGGCUAAUGCGAAUCAUGCUGGCCAAACGUCGCAAGGGCCCUGGUUCGCGCCACUUCGGCGUCCGAUGCAGUAGCCUCGCUAAAGCGAUUUUUCAGGGCGUCUCUUGCAUCCGUCGUGACGUCGACGACUAUGAGAUUGCGGUGGAACUGGAUCGAGCUCUCUUACUGUUUACCGAGGAGGUCCAGAAGCAGCGAGUGGCGGCUGCAAAAGCUAACGGGGUCAAGUCCUUGUCUGAUGAUUGA